AUGUCUCAGUUUUUUGUGGCCCGCGUCUCGAAGCUCUCAUCACCCCUGAACCGGAGGCUCUGUUCGACCGCCGCCGCGAGUCGUCCUUAUCUGCUCCUCGGGAAAGAUGUGGUCGGAGAAUCUCCUUGCGGCGGAAAGAUUGUGAACUUGAACCUGUACGAUCCGGGGAAAGAAGAGCAAGUGACGAAGAAGAAUCAGAUCCUGCCGAAGAAUCUCUGUAAAUCCACGAGGAUAGGAUCAUCGAGAGGAUGGCUGGCCAUGAUGAAGAAACGCGACUCCACUGUGAGACUCACCAACAUCCUGGACCUGGACAAUUCUUCGAAGACAAUCUCUCUGCCUCCCUUGAUCAAAGACGAAACCGAACGCCUCAUCAAUGUCUCUGUCUCCUCCUCCUCAGAGAAAGAUUGUGUAGUCGCCGCGAGGUUUUACGGGUCCAGACUGAGUCUGUGUAGAGUUGGUGACUCGGAGUGGACUCGCAUCGACGUUCCUGUCCCAGACUUCCGUUUCUCUCCCGUCAUGUACUCAGACAGAGACAGCAAGUUCUACUUGAACAGUUGCAGCUCUGAAUACGCCGGUCCGACGACCGAUUUCACCUCUAAAUCCGGUCUGGACUCUCCGGUGAGUGGCUACGUGAGAUACCCUCUGUCUGAAUUGCCCGAGUUAGAGAACCACUUGCUUCUCCAGCAUCUCAAUGUCCAGCAGCUACUUGUCCAGUCUCCUUCCGGCGAGUCCUUCAUCGUUUUGUGGGGUGUGGACUGCUUUACAGAGGAAGGAGAAGCCGUGCAAUGGGAACGCAAUCAGGAGGGCAUUCGUAUAAAGACCCACACAGUCAUGGUCUUUAGGCAAGACAGCGAGAAAGGGAUUUGUGAAUACACUGAGGACAUUGGUGAUAUCUGCAUUUUCGUGGGACAUAACGAACCCUUUUGUCUCUUUGCCAGCGACUAUCCUGGUCUCAAACCCAACACCGUCUACUUUGCUGGUCACUCCUCCGGUUUCGGCGUCUGUGAUCUCGCUUCUCGCACCCUCCGCUCUCUCUCUGACUCACCUCGCCAUCGCCUCUUUUGGCUUCCUCCCACAACAUCCACAUCCCACUAG